AUGAAUCGCUUAAUCACACCAAUCCUCUCUCCUUGUGGCAGUCUAAUAGUCAGAAGCAAAGUGACUUUACAGAGAAGAGCAAGGACGCCAGAGUGGCAUGAAAAAGAGGGCGGCAGCAAAACAGAAAAACUAGAAAAGCUGAAGAAUGAACAUGAGGUGAUGAAGACACAGCUGAAGCUUCUGGGAGACAGGCUGAAAGAGAAAAACACUGUGACUUCAUUUCGAGGGGUUCUUGUUGAAAAGACACUUACCAAGCGGGUUGACGACAUAGAAAAAGACUUGGUUGUUGAGAGGAAAGCUCAGUCAGAGAAGAUGCCUUGGUGGGGCUACAAGCGUGCGAGACCAGGUCACUCUAAACAUGAUAACUUUGCGUUCAACAUUCCGCGUCGCUCGUGCUACCAGCCAGCAAAACGGAAAUACAACGGCAGCGCGUGUACCAUUUGCAAGGACCACUGGUAUCCCAUGUACACUGAUGUGGAGAGGAUUAAGAAGUAUAUCAACCCUGAAACUAACCAAGUGAUACCAGUGACAGUGACAGGAGUGUGUUGGUACAAGCAGCAUGUGUUAGAGGAAGCAGUGUACCGGGCUCAGAGCAUGGGAUAUCUCAAACCACCGAUCCCUCCCCGGAAGUUUAAUUGGAGUUCAGCUGAUGUGUACGGUAGAGACAGGUCAGAACUCUAUGGACAUAGAGAGAGAUACCACCAGAGUUACAGGCAUCUCCCCGGUAACAUACACUACCAACCUGGCAACCCGCACUGGGAACAUUUACCUGCCAGGACAGAGUCUGUGGAGCCCGGUUUUAUUGGGUACGAGUGAGAGAAAUUACUAAUUGGGUGGUUAACCAAUUAGGUAAUUAGUCGGUAAUUAGGUAAUUAGUUGGAUUUUGUAUCAGGUUGAGUUAUGGCUCCGUGACAAAGCUUAGUUAAUUUAUUAUAAUCACAGUGAUGACAGCUCUUGUUUAAUGUUUUAGUUUUAUUUGCGCACAUUAAAUUGUGUAAUUGUGUCUUGUUUAUAAGGGGAGGGUUGUACUGAGUUUAGUAACUUUGUGUAACUUUAGUAACUGAGUUUAGUAACUUUGUGUAACUUUAGUAACUGAGUUAAGUAACUUUGUUUCAAAAAACAUCUUUUGUUUACUAUAGAGGUCGUUACUUGGAAAGGUAAUUUAUUAUAAUUUAUUGUAAUUUCUUAUGAAUAGUUUAUACAGAUUUUGAGUGAUGUGAAAUCUCCAUAAAAUUGCUGAUAAUGAUAUUUUGAUAAAGGUGAUUUACAUAUAA